AGGCCGAACUGAACAGUUUGCUAUUCGCGCGAGAGUUGCUUUUUCCCAAAUCGCACCGCGAAUUCUCCUUCCUUCCUCUUUCCGCCAUAUUGCAGAACCGGCAUCAUGGUGCGUAUGAACGUACUCGCGGAUGCGCUGAAAAGCAUCAACAAUGCCGAGAAACGUGGGAAACGCCAGGUUCUCCUCAGACCCUGCUCAAAAGUAAUAGUGCGCUUCCUCACCGUCAUGAUGAAGCAUGGCUACAUUGGCGAGUUUGAGAUCAUUGAUGAUCACAGAGCUGGCAAGAUCGUAGUGAACCUCACAGGCAGGCUGAACAAGUGUGGUGUCAUCAGCCCGCGAUUUGAUGUUCAGCUGAAGGAUUUGGAAAAAUGGCAGAACAAUCUGCUGCCCUCAAGACAGUUUGGGUUCAUUGUGUUGACAACUUCAGCUGGCAUCAUGGACCACGAAGAGGCCCGACGAAAACAUACCGGAGGCAAAAUCCUCGGCUUCUUUUUCUAACCAUGUAAUGACAGUGAAAAAUAAAGCCCAUUUCAGUGGA